AAUACUACGGUAUUUUAUUUACAAUUUUUGUUUUUGAUGCUCUAAGUUAAAAUGAAAUUAAAGUGGGAUUUCAUCUAAAUGGCAUUAAAAAUAUUUACGUAAAACGUUCCGUGCCAUAUGUUGCUGUAGGACACUAGGAUUAGUGGUUUUCAUCUUGUUACGAGGAGGGGUCUACCGAGUGCAUGUCAUAGACUUUUAAAAUAAUGGAUAUCCCAGUACAAAUUGCGGUCCGGCUGAAGCCACCUAGUCUGGCCGACUCUACACAAUGCAUAUUCAGCAACCCCGUCACACAGAUAGUGAUCACAGAAAGUGGCCAGACCUUCCAUGUGAACAGAGCUCUGCCUGUAGACUGCACACAAGCUCACCUCUUCAAUUCCUUUAUGAUUCCACAAAUCAAUUGCUUCCUAGAUGGUUGUGAUACAUCUGUUGUUGUCUUUGGACAACCUAAAACUGGGAAGACUUAUACAUUGUUUGGGCCAGGAUUUGAAUGCAUACACAGUGAAUGUGACCAAGGCAUUGUACCUCGGUUUCUAACAGAUAUAUUUCACAAACUGAACCAAAUGCCUGAAAGAGAAUUCAUCUUGCACAUAACAUGGAUGCAAGUUGUUAAUAACAACAUAUUUGAUGUACUUGGUGCAGGUCUGGUUAGAUGUUGUAAUGUUGAAGAAGCCUUCCAGUACCUGCAGCUAGGGUGGAGGCAGCGAUGCCAGGGCAACAACCACACAGUAUUCACAGUCAGUGUAGAGCAGAAAUGGGUUGGUACAAAUGGAGUCCUUAACCACAGAAUGUCAACUGCUAGUUUCUGUGAUUUGGCUGCAUACCCAGAGCCUGGAUUAUUUGCUUUAGAAAACAUAAUCAAAGAACUGCUUGCUGGAAAUCCUCCUAAGCAAAUCAAUUAUGAUCAGUGUAUACUGACGGCUAUGCUCAGAGACUCAUUUGGAGGCAGAGCUUUCACUUGGGUCAUAGGCUGUAUCAGCACUGAACCAGAAGACUACCAGGACACACUGAAAAUAUUGAACUUGUGUCUGUGCUGUAGAGGCAUAAAGAACUUUGUCACAAUCAAUUUGUUUGCCGAUAACAAUACUCCUGUAUACAAUGAUAAAGCUGUGAUACAACCUUCAGACAAUAAUUUUAACUUACAAUUUGCAACAGCACAGUGGAUAAAAUUGGUUUCAAAUGCUGAAGGAUUAUUUAACAAAAUUUUACAGUCUAAAUCAUUGUCUGAGGCUGAUAUUAACCAAGUGAGUGAGUGGUUAUUUUUAAAAGCUGAAUGUGAUGAGUGCUUGAAUAGUGAUAUUGGGAUGGAUAACAAGGAAGCUGCGACAAAACAAGGUUUACCAAGGAUAGCUGAAGAUACUGAGCCCAGUGAACCUAGUGAGUCAGAUGUGGAGUCUGAUUCGGAAGACAGUCACUCACAUACAGUGUUUCAAGACAAGGUUGAAAAGUUUAUGGAAUACUUUAGAGAAAAGAAUGACCAGUUAUUUGCUGACAGGUGUGAGGAAUAUUUAAACCAUAUUGACUCUGAUGAUAUAACCAUUUCUGAAACCAGUGGUUCACAAUCUCUGCCUGUAAUGACAUCACAAUCCAAUUCAGGGCGCAGGAGAACAAUACAACCUGGUGAAAGUUUGUCAGGGGCAGAGUUGGAGUUAUUAAGAAAGGUAGCAGCAAAAGCUGUCUCACCUGAAUCUCAGAAAAUUCUUAUAGAGUCACACAAGAAAGAUGUGGAUCCUGAGCCAAAGUUGAUUGAAAGGGAACUGCUUAAAAUGAUUGACUCACCAAAGACCACAGAAAUAUGUAAAAAAUAUAAAAUGACAAAAGAAAAGUAUACUCAGAAACAGAUUUUGGCUAGAAAGCUUUCUAAGGAAAUAAGCAGUAGUCAGACUCAAUUGAAGGAAUUGAUUAAUCUUUGCAUAGCUAAAGAAAGACUGAUAGAUGAUCUCUCAAGAGCCAUGAGCCACAGUACUCAAAACAAGACUUAUGCAGAUAGGGUGGAAUAUAAUCUCAUGGACCAUGACACAAUAAAAGAAAUAAGAAGACAUGAGACUAAUUUAAAAACAUAUAAGAAACAAAUUGAGCAAAUAAAGAGACAAAUCAAGAAGGAUGAGAAGCGUAAAAAUACAUUAGAUGUAGAACUUAUUAAAGAUAAGUUAAAGUUAGAUGAACUUUCUGAAACUUCUGUUGAAGUGAAAGACAAGAAAACAAAUUCAUUGAAACAUUUUACACAUAGAAUUUCACAAUUAGAUAGUAUUUUAAAAGAAAAGACAAAUGAUUUGGAGAAUUUAGAACUAUCGAAAGAAAAGGAACUGAUGUUGAGGAAGGAAAUCAAGAAUUUAAGAAAGACUAGAGAGUGUUUGCAUGAGCAGCGGUGCAGCUUAGGACAUAAGAGGAAAAUUUAUAAAUCAUUGUCUGAUUCUGAGGAACGAAAGCUAUUAGAAUGCGAGGAAGCUAUAGAGGCGAUAGACACGGCAAUAGAGUACAAAAACAACCUGAUAUGUGGCAAGUCUCCGUCUGCGUCGCUAUCAGACUCGCAAGACAACAAGGACACGCGGAGUCGAGGGGAACAGAUGCUGAUGGCGCGUCUGGACAAGUUGUCACAUGAUGAGAUGAAGACUUUACUGUAUAGGUAUUUUCAAAAAGUGGUAGAUCUCCGCGGCGCGUGCGCAGCGCUGGAGGCGGGCGCGGCGGCGGCGGCCGAGGACGCGGCCGCGUGGCGCGCGCGCGCCGCCGCCGCCUGGCGGUAUGCUCAGCGGAGCCGCGCCAAUGCACAUACCAGGCACUUCCAAUCGGUGCAAAGAUACCUGGACGGCGGCAACCCGGAGCGGGCACUGUCGCUGGGCAUGACGACGGACUCCGAGACUGACGACGCCAUGCUGCUGGUAGACCGGAUGAAGCAGCUGGCUCGCUGCCCGCCGGCGCCCGUGAUACCGAACUUGCGGCAGCUGAUGCCGGCCACCAACCUGCCGGUAGCUAAGGUGACCAAGGAGAAGAACAAACUAGUCAUCGUCCAGCAGAACAAGAAACACUGAUAUUUACUCCUCCUGGCUCUCCUACUCUUCAAUGCUGUGCUCAUCUACACCGCAUUCGAACUGAUCCAGUACAUUGUCAAGCCAGAUAUAAUGCAAGUAAAGUUUUUAUACGAAAAUCAUAUUCUUCUGUCUUAGAACAAAUAAUGCCAGCCCCCGCA